AUGUCCGUAGGUGUAAAAAGUUACGUACUAUUAGUUUUGGGUUGGGUGGCAAGUGGCGCAUUCGGUAAUGAUGCACAGGAGACUGGCAUACCUGCUGAUAUAUGGCGUUUCUACCUUGCUUGUGCGCGUCCCGAAGGACAAGAUUUUAGCUUUAGUUGGAAUGACUUAGCGGCGCGUAAUAAUUCCGACUUGCUAAACAAUCUGGCCAAUUUUGUAAAUCGUGCGUUAGUCUUUUGCGAAAAGAACUUUGAUGGCGUCAUACAAGCCAUGACCCUAACCAAGGACGAACUCGUACUUUUGGCACUUAUAAAUCGUGAAGUCCGUGUCUAUGUAAACUCACUUGAAAAGGCCAAAUUACGUGAUGGCAUUCGACAUAUGCUUUCAAUUUCUCGCCAAGGCAAUGGUUAUAUGCAAGCGCAACAGCCGUGGGUGUUACUGAAGGGUACCGAUGAGCAGAAGGAGCGUGCUGCCACCAUCAUUGGUGUUUGCGCCAAUAUUGCUGCAAUUUUAGCUAAUCUGCUAUUCCCUUACAUGCCGGCGACAGCGCGCACGCUUCUUACGCAAUUAAAUGCCAAGCAAACUCAGCUGAUAAGCCCGCAUACGGAAAAAAGCUACUGAAUCCGAACUGGUCAUAUUUGGCAAAAAAGGCCUUGCAUGGACAAAUUUUAACUAAGGCCAAGAAAAAAGGCAACGGAAAAUAAUCGCGAGUGGUGGUAAGUUUACGAUGAAAUUAAUGAACGCUGCCCUACAUUUACUAUCAUUUUGGGCCAAUAAUAUAUGCAGCACUUCUGCGAUUACACGACUGAUAUGAAAUUUUGAUUUGUCCCGGCUUUGGUUCAGUAUCUGUAUGGUAGGGUAUAUGUGGCACUCUAGUAGUCGAGUUACCCUUUCGAAGCCUGCUGACACCUCCUUGCCGAUAGAUGGGUGUAAGGUGUGCAGCCAAUUCUUUAAUAAAUUACAUUCGGAAGGAGGUAAUAAAUUUAAGUACUCCGGAAUGUGUGUUUCCAUCUCCUGCUUAGUCUGGGUUGACUCCGACA